GGCGGCGCCACCACACUAACACGUCUCAAACACACUGGCUGUAAACAGAUCGGCAGUUAGUUCACCUGUUCACUAAACUGAUAGAAACACGUCUAUGUGGGAUAGUAUUUAAUCUACAGUAACAUAUAAAGGAUGGGCUGCUGAUACUUACUCUCCCUGUGUGUGUGGAUAUAUAUAUAUAUAUACUGGAACAAUCAGCUUCAUCAUGUCACUGGACGGAGAGGCGAGCGCCGAAAUGAUUGACGACAAUAAACUGGUCAGGCCAAAGGUAGAGUUUCAAUCUUUGCUGCGACAUGCAGGAGCCACUAAAGAUGUUUUCACCAUGAAGGAGGUGAUGUUCUACCUCGGUCAGUACAUCAUGCAGAAACAGCUGUACGACCAGAAGCAGCAGCACAUCGUCCACUGCUCGCAGGACGCGCUGGGCACCGUGCUGGGAGUCGACAGCUUCUCAGUCAAAGAGCCACGAGUUUUGUUCGCGAUGAUCACGAAGAACCUCGUAGCUGUGAAGAGUCAAGAUUCGCCGCAAAGUUUAAGUGAAGCACACAGCAACAGUCAGACAGACAGAGGGACGGAGGAGGCAGAUUCAGAAAGUCGCUCUUCGUCACCAGACAGGAGGAGGAGGAGGAGAAGGAGGCGGAGCUACAGGAGCGGCGACCCCGGACCCUCCUGCAGCGUAGAGGAGGAAGACGAGGAGGAGGAGGAGGAUGAAGAGGGAGAAAAAGAAGGCAGGAAGAGGAGGCGGUCCGACAGCUACUCCCUGACGUUUGACGACAGCCUAUCGUGGUGCGUGAUUGGAGGGCUGGGGAGUGGGCGGGACCGACACAGCAGCCAAUCGUCGGACUCGCACAGCACGUCUGGGAGGUCAGAGGUCACGGUUGCAGCCUCAGACUCGGACAGCGACAACUUCAGCGUCGAGUUCGAGGUGGAGUCGGUCGACUCUGACGAUUACAACGAAGACGACGCGUCUCUGUCUGCAGACGACCAGGUGUAUGAGGUCACCAUCUUUGAAGCAGAGGACGACGACUCCUUUGAUGAAGACACGGAGAUCACUGAAGCUGAUUACUGGCGCUGUGGGAAGUGUGACGAGUUGAACCCCCCCCUCCCUAGAAACUGUCUCCGCUGCUGGACUCUGCGGCUCGAUUGGCUCCCUGAAGAGUCUCUCAACGUGUGCGGACCCACCGCCUCCAGUCCCAAAACCCUGCCCACCAAACCCAGCAGCCAAUCGGCAGCCAAAGAAGCUCCAGGUUCGGACGUCGAGGAGAACGAAGGAGUCGACGUUCCCGACGGCAAAAGACCGAAAACCCCUGUCCUCUCUCAGUGCCUGUCUGACUCCACAGCGUCUGCUCCGGACUCCCAGGAUCUCCUCAGCUCCUCUCAGCCUUCCUCCUCCUGCCAGGAGAAGCUCUGGACUCCCGACUCUCAGCCUUCCUCCUCCAUCGACUCCCAGGAGCUCCUCCCGUCGUCCCCCGCCGCUCUUACUCCAGCUUCCCUCGCGCCCCCCGCCGUCCCCGAGCUCGAACGCAGCGUGUCGGCGGAGUGGCGGCUGCCGGACUCGUGCCUGGACCCGUGUCUCAUCUGUCAGUCCCGGCCGAAGAACGGCUGCAUCGUCCACGGGCGCACCGGACACCUGAUGUCCUGCUACGUCUGCGCCAGGAAGCUGAAGAAGAGGAACAAGCUGUGUCCGGUGUGCAGGCUGCCAAUUCAGUCCGUCGUCCUCACCUACCUCAGCUGAGACCCAACCCCCCC